UUGACCUGUGCCCAUAUAGCCUAUAUUCAAGGGUCAGAGGGAUACCUUGAAAAAUAUACAGAAGCUGUUUGUUUCCAAAAUGGGGGUUCGUUAAAAGACGGAACUCAUAAUUGGCUGUAAUUAUCUUUACGAGUUUACGUAUGUUUAUAUUUUAUGACAGAAAUUUUGGCUCAUCUAAAUUUAGGAUGAGAAUGGGCAGGACGAGGGUGAUUCCAGCUGCGGUGCCCUGGGCCUUUAAAUGGGCUCUGCAUCCUUAACAUGCCUUCAUGGUCGUUCCACACUCCAGCCCAGCAGGUGGCGGUAGUGCCCCUGAAGUUGGGUUGCAAACAGCCAAUAAACUAAGAGGAAGAAGAAUAAGAAUAGCGCAUCAUAUCCGCCUGCAGAAACGACUCAGGUGCACUGCUGCUGGCCCUUGGUUCACUAUGGCCCAGAACCAGGUGAUCCUGCAGUUCCGAUUCGCCACGUUUGGGGACUCCAUGCUGCAGAAGAUGAACUUGCUACGACACCAGAGGCGCUUCUGUGAUGUCACUGUGCGCAUCAAUCAGCUUGAGGUCCCUGGUCACAAGGUGGUGUUUGCCGCUGGCUCCUCUUUCUUGAGGGACCAGUUCAUCCUUCAACAGGACUCAAGGGAGGUUCAGAUCUCCAUGAUCCAGGAGGCAGAGGUGGGCCGGCAGUUACUUUUGUCUUGUUACACAGGCCAGCUGGAGUUUCCUGAGCUGGAGCUGGUGCACUACCUGACAGUUGCCAGCUUCCUCCAAAUGGGCCACAUUGUGGAGCAGUGCACUCAAGCCCUCAGCAAGUUCAUCAAACCACAGGCUGCACGCCAGCUGGAGGGUGUGGAUGUGAGGAGAGAAAAGAGGGACGAGGAUUUGUCCUCCCAGUCCCAGAGAGAGCAAGAUCACUCUCAGGUGCAUACUGCCCAUCAAAAGGAGGAGGAGGAGGUGGAGCAGGUUGAGGAUGGUGACGAUGACGACGACGAUGUGAUAAUGCAGCCCAAGUCCCCUCCCCAGAUUUUGAGCAGAUGCCAAAGGCAGGGUAUGGCAGAGAGUGACAUCACAAUAGUGAAGGUGGAGUCUGUGUCAAAUGUAGCAGAAAACUCCAUCAGCGGUCAUUUCCCCACCAGCCCACCUGCUGUGCUCCACUCCCCUGAGCCUCAACAUUCACUUAUCAACUCUACAGUGGACAGUCGUAGCAGUGAAAUAGCAGUUCCACCUGGCAUGGCCGGAUACCCGCUCAGCCCCCCUCCUCCAUCUCCUCCUGUAGAGAAACACAGCGGCCACCAGAGGAACUACGACAAACCUUUGCAGUGGUACCACCAGUGCCCCAAGUGUGCUCGAGUCUUCCGCCAGCUGGAGAACUAUGCCAACCAUCUCAAGAUGCAUAAGCUCUUCAUGUGUCUCCUGUGUGGCAAGACCUUCACACAGAAGGGAAACCUGCACCGCCACAUGCGCGUCCACGCGGGCAUCAAGCCCUUCCAGUGUAAAAUCUGUGGUAAAACUUUCACCCAAAAGUGUUCAUUGCUGGACCAUCUAAACCUGCACAGUGGGGACAAACCCCACCGCUGCAACUACUGUGACAUGGUGUUUGCUCAUAAGCCUGUUCUUCGAAAGCAUCUCAAGCAGAUCCAUGGCAAGAACAGCUUUGACAAUGCAAACGAAGGUACCCUGCACGACGGGGGGCUUGACUUCGAUUUUAGCCGAAUAUGAAAUCCGUGGACCUUUUUUUUUAGUAGAAUGGUUGCCAUCACCUUUUUAGCUUUUUUUUUUUUUUCCCUAAAACCGGUAUUUUUUAGGUAACUUGCAUUAUUUUGAACUGACUGUAAAGAUUCUCGAUAUAGGAACACACUGUCAAGAGACAUUCAAAACAACGCUACAAACAAAUACCAUUUCACACUGCUAUAAAACAGUUCAGCACGAUGUAAAUAUAAUUCCAGCUACUUUGCAUCAUUCUCCAUGUCUCCUCUGGUCUGGGUCAGGCCAUAAAAUUUCAUCCACAUUAUAUAAGAUGUUACCCCUUACCAGCAGUGUCAGAGAUGUGCUCUGGUCUGCCUUAUCCACCCUUGGAUGGUUUCCACAUCACCAUGGGCCUCUUCCAUUGCCACCAAAAGCUUUUUCCUUGUGUAAAGGUUUCUGUCAUACACUUUCUUAUGUCAUGCUGAGAAACAUAUGCAAUAUAUAGGCAAGAAAAGAUGUGUGACUGUGGGAUGGUUAUAGAACCAGAGCAGCCUGAUGGAAACUAACUUUACCCCAGUGAUAACAUUCUGGGGCUCCACAUAGAUGUGCUGUUAUAGAAACCCAAAGUGGCACAGCAGUGGAGGAUAGUUCUUCACCUCCAGCACCCUUCUGAUGUCUUCCACCUUCUGUUUGGUUUGGAUCCACUGUUCCAGAGCGCAGGCACAGCUGGGGCCCUGUUUUUAUAGGAUCCUGCUGUUCUGACUGGGAUGAUUUAAAUUUUGUGGUUUAGUGUUUACACAUGGGGAAAAAAAACUCUGCCCGUUGAGCUCAAACGCAGUCAAGUGUUUGCCAAAUGCGCAUAUACAGUAUAUAUAAUAGGUAAGGGUAUGGGUUUUGUGCAAAGUGUUUUAGCAAUCUGGGAAAACUGUAACUGCAACAUUACUGAAAUGUGGGGUAAGUUUAGCGGCUGAAGAAACAGACGGUUGGAGCUUGUUCGUUGUGUGAGAGGGUGCAUUUUCAAAGAUAGGAAAGUGAGUGAACUUGGCAGCUGGUUUCUAAUGUGUCAGCCUCAUUAUGUUGGGUUCAACUGGAGAACACAAACAUGAAACUUUUUUAUUUUUGGUCAACAUUUCACUGUAUCUUCAAAACUGUGGACAAUGUUCCUUUUUUCACUACAAUAGAUGCCUUCAUAUUGUACUUGAAAAUUCAGCACUGAACUCAAAAAAUAAUUAUAUCUUAGUUAUUGAUGAUUUUAUAUGUUUGUCAAAAACCAAACAUGUGCAUAUUGUGUAUACAGUCUACUGUAGCCUUUCUUACCUGUGUGAAUAUGACACAACAUGGACUUCAUAAGUGAAAGAAACUUGAAAGAAGGUGGGUAUGAACAUAUUAUUGAAGGCAGUGACAAUGGGAUGGUGUCUGUGAGCCGAAAUGUUUUUUUACACAGACUUUAUAUAACUGAGGUACUAUUGGACCAAAGUGACACUGUAUUUGUCCUGUGUUCAUGGAAGUCUAUAGGUGUUAUGAAUAAAA